GUGAGGGAAAAUUCAAAAUACAACAACGCCCAUAUUUUUGCGGCCGGAAAACUUGCAGUGGUUUCUCACAUUUCUCCGUCGUGCAGUGUCGUCCGUCUACGGUUCGUGUAACCGAGACACGCAGACGACCGCAUCGACGCAAUUGUUUUGUUUUGGGGUGUGUGUGUGUGUGUGUGUGUGUGUGUGUGUGACGUCAAACUUUCACCAGAAAAGGAAAAAAACAAAACAAAAAAUGGGCAACACCAAUUCGUCGCCGCGCUACCGAUCGCGCAGUCCCGAUCCGGCGCUGGAUCACACUUGGAGCAACAGCUAUCCGAAAGUUGAGCGCGAACGCAACCGAUCGGCCUGGCAGCAACACGCUCAGCAGCCCAAUCCAUCGAAACAUUUGAGCGGCUAUCCUUCGUCAGGUGCCAACGUCAUGGUCAACGGACAUCUGAACGCGCACUACGGUCAAUUCGAGCAGGAAUGCAUCCAGCACCAGCAGCAGCAGCAGUCGAAACUAUCGGAUCAACAGCCGCUACGGUUCGCCAGAUACGGUCCGGGAGUCGGCGAAGCUCCUGUCCAGCAAGCCAAAAAGAUUCGAGUACUGCCGAUGGCGGCCAACGGCGCUACUGGCAAUGCGGCCGUGAACGCCGUCAAGUUGAGAGCCACCGAUAAUGGUCUGGCGUUGCAAAAAGUGGGCACUCUUCACGUGGCUAAUCGCAAGUUGAACGAGUUGAAUCACAACCUGAUGGCCGCCAAUUGCGAGCCGCCCAUCGUCGCGACGCUGAUCGGCAACGGUGCGGACGAGAUGCGCAGCCCGACGCCCGACUACGACGCCAACAACAAGCAGCGCUCGUCCAGCGGCAGCAGGAAACCGUCCAAGAGCAAGAGGAACUCGAAAGCCAAAGCGCCCAACACGGCGCCAUCGACGCCGGCCGCUUCGGCCAAGUCCGGCAGCAGCAGCCGAGUCGAUCAGGAACAACAGCAGCCGGCCGGAGGCAGCAAGUCGAGCGGGCGCGGCAAAUUGAGGCUGUUCAAAACGAAAUCGACGGACGGCAAAGCGGCCGAUUCGGAGAGCGGACGCAUCCGCGCGCGCAGCAUGGAGUACUUGCGGGCCGACGUGGCCGACGAGACGCAGGAAGUGCGUCGAGGCGGCCGUCACAACACGAGCCGCGAAGAUCUUUCCGGCGAUGAAUCUCUGCUGGCCUUCAUCAGAAACGGGCCGGUCACGGUGUUUAGCAGCCAGAAGAAAUUGAACGGCACGAUGACGGACGACGACGACUGGGAGGAGAUGCAUCCGGAGUCUUCUUCCUUCUCGAGAGUGCCGCCUCAAUCGGAACAGCCGGCCAGCAGCAGCAGCAGCUCCGGCAACAACAACAACCACAACAACAACCACAACAACAACAACAGCAAGCCCCAACAGUUCUAUUUUGGCAUGGCGCCGGGUGACGUGAGUGCGCCGCCGACCGGCGUUCCAGCCGCCGCGGCCAGCCAGUCGGUCGAUCUCGACGAAGAGAGUCGACGUGUCAUGGAGGAAUUCGACGCCGUGCUGGCCGAGAACAAGAGCGUCAUCGAUCGCAAGUCUGAAACCGAGGAGAAGGAAGAUGGAGGCCGUCUUCGACAGUCAAUCAGGCGGCCGGCCAAGAGCACCAGCAGCAGCGCAUCGUCCGAUCAGCGUCGACGCCAUUCGUCCACACCUCCGCCCGUCAUCCGCCAUCAUUCGAGCACGCGUCGGGCCACCUUGCACGAAGAUCAGCUGGAUCACGACGACGAAGACGACCAGGAUAUCGCCCUCAGCCUGAGACCGACGUUACCGAAAAAGCCGCAACAGUUGCCGCGCUUCUCACCGUCGGCGGCCUGGAGGGCGCUCGGCCAGUCGUCGGAUCACUACCCUCGGUCGAGUAGCAGCAAACUCAACGCGUCCAGCAGCAAAGCCAGCGACAUGAGCGCCAUGGAUCUGAGCGACGAAGAGGACGAAGACGAGGACGUCAUGGAAGAGCGGAUAGCCAAGAACGCGCUCCGACCUGUAGCGCCGCAUCCGCCGCGCAUUUCCAACGAGAAAUCCGCCGAUUCGGGCAUCUCCGGCGAUGCUGGAAGUCCGGAUGCGGCUGCCAUGGUGGCCAGCGGUGGCGGCGCUAGCGGACGCGACAAGCCGCUGGCCAUGUCUUCGCCGGUGCCCCCUCAACAGCAGCGCAAUCAGUUGCAAAAUAAUUGGACACCCCAGCAGGACCUGCUGGACGACGACAGUAGCAACAACGGCAGCAGCGAGGACGAGGCCGGCCACAACGUUCAACGUCGUUCUCGCGGCGGAGGUUCGUCCUGCUUCCGGGCCAGCAAACGACACCCUUCGACGGCCGAUCCGACGCCGCCCAAGAUCAUCCCGAAAUCGCAGAUGUUCAACGACUCUUCGAUGACGGACCAGACGGCCGAUUCGCGCUCCUCUUCCAUGUCGAAAGGCGGGCGCAAGUAUCGCAAACGCAACGAGACGGGCGGCAGCAGCAGCCGGACUGGGGACGAAGGAGCGCCGGGCGCCGGAGCGCACUGCAUCCCGCAAAAGUACAACAGCCUCCGCAAACUGAAACGGUCCGUUUCCGGGGCGUUCGCCACGGCUUUCCGCCGCGGCAAGUGCUCGCCUUCCGACGACGACAACGAGGACGAAACCAACAUGCGCCGGAACAGCCAUCACGCGUCCGGCCAUCAUUGCGACGAUGGGAAUUGGAUGCUGAGCCGCAGCGCCCCCAACUCGGUCCUGAACGGGUCCGGUGGGGACGACGACGGGUCGUACCCGUCCAUCCGCAAACUGCAGAGCCGUUCGGAAGCCGACCUCUUAGCCCAGCAGCAUCACGGGUUCGGCCAGCUUGGCCAGCAGUAUCCGGCUUACAGUCAACCGUCCGUCCUGACGCAGAGGAUCGUCUAUUUGCCGCAGUACGACUCGCGGAUGGUGUCGGCCCAUCAGCGCCAGCCGCGGCUCGGCCGGCCCGCCUCCAUGGAUCAGACGGACAUGAUGCGGCGGGCGCGUUCGGCCGACGCCGUCUUCCUGGAAGCGAAAAAGCAGAGCGUCGGCCAGCGGCUGUUCGGCCACGGCCACGGCCACGGCCACUCGCCCAACAAGAAAUUCACAUUCCAGUCAACGGUGCGGGUGCACGAGAAACGUUUGCUGGAAGAGAAGCUGUCGAGAGAGGCGGAGCUGAAGGAGCGGAAGCGUCUGCAAGAAAUGCAAGCCAUGCAACGAGUGGAGGAGGAGUUCCAGCGGAAGAGGGCUCGAGAGAAGGCCAACAUCCGCCAGCAACUCCGGGUCCUCCAGCUCGAUCAUUACAAACAUCAAGAGCAGUUGAUGCUCUUGCAGCAACAACAGCACCACCAGCAGCAACGAAUCGCCCGGCUGGAUCCGGAAGGAGCUCCUUCGUCCAUCUCGCACCACCGCACAUCCAGCGACGAACUUCCGAUCCAACAGCAAUCGAUGCCCGUCAAGAAGUCGGCCAAUGCGCGUCUGGCGGAAGCCGAAACGCGAGACAAGCGGAAGGAAUCAACUCCGCCGGCAGCGACGUCUUCAUCGGCCCUGCAGCAGCUGCGGAACAAUCGCAGCGCGUCGAGCAAUAUCCGGUCGGAUGACGUUGUCGACUCGCCGAAAAAGAAGACCCAUCAGCCGCAAAUGGAUUACCGUCGGGAAGUCAUAAACAGUUCACGUUCACGAUCGGCCGCCACGCCCUCCACCCCAUCUGCAAAUCCGUCCGCCGUAUCAUCAGAUGCCGGCCGAUUUCCCGAUCGGCAGACCCGCGCCAACAACAAUGCCGAUCGCGGUGGUCAUAAUAACAUCAACAACAACAACAGUACAGCUGCGGUUGUUGCUGCCCAGCAGAAAAAGAAAUCAAACAGCAACAUCUACCGACGAUUGGCCGAAAUCACAUCGGAAGAGGAGAGCAUCUCUUCGCCACCUCCCGUCUCGUCGCUAAUGGCCCGAUCGGCCAGCAGCAAUGCGUCCGCAAUGAAUAAGCAACAACAACAGCCGCCGUCGGUGGGAGCUGCCGCGCAUUCCAGAGUGCCUUCAUCGUCCGCCGCAGCCGCCGCUGCCCAGCACGUAGUCAGUAACGCGAACGGCAACCCGAGCAACGGCGGCAAUAAAGUGAUGACCCAAGAGCUGAGCGAAUACCGUCAAGAGCGUCGUGAAUAUCACGACUUCCGCAGUCCUCGCCUCCAUCAGCAGCAACUGAUUGCAUCUCCCGGUCGAUUUUAUGGAGCAGGACAGCCGUCUGGACAUCGAGUGUUGCCAACAUCUGCAGCGUCUUCGUCGACGUCUUCGAUGUCGAACAACAAGAUGCAAUCGGAUAACUACCGAUGGGAUUUCGCUCACGGCGGACGCGGUGUACACCACAUGGCUGGCCAUCCUUCGGGCCAGCCUUCCGUCGCCAAAUCGACGCCGACGCCACCGUCGGUUGCAACCUGGCACCACCACCACCAGGCGCAGCUGUUGCAGCAGAAGCCAAGCCAAGUCUUCUCGUCGAGGCAACAGCACGACUACCACCAUCAUCAUCAGUUUUAUAAGUUGGCAUCACCGACGACGGAUGUCGUCAUGAUGCACAGGACGCCCCAACAGCGCCAUCACUAACGUGGCGAUUACAUUUCAAUAUUUUAUUCCCUC